AUCCCAUCUCCGCAUCUCAACUUCCCCAUACACACCACAUCACCACCACAACACCACCCCAAUUCACCACUCACCACCUCCUAUCUCCUUUCCUUUAAUCUUCACAUCUUAUAUACCCCCCAUCAAAAAAGAACAAAGACAAACACGAUGAAAACAAGAAUAACCUACCUCCAACCCCCCACCUCCCCGUUCACGGCUGAACAGGCAACGCUUUCCAAGAAGGGGCUACAGAUUCGGGAUUUGGAUGCGGCGAAGGAAGUACGUCUUACGAUUAACGUUGCUGAGAUUAGUGAGGGGGAGACGCUGGUAAAGGAUGUCCUGAAGAAGACAGAUGAGAUACAUAUUCGGUGGGCGAGGGAAGAGGCGCUUACGGGAUUAAAUCCGUUUGGGAGUCGGGUUUCGGGGGGGUUGCACGUGGGAUAUACUCCCCUUGAGGGGAAGGGGGAUAAGAGGGAUGAGGAUGGGGAAGGAAUCUGUCGCCUGCUACGUCGGAUAUUCAGUGAAGGGGUUCAGUGUGAGAACUAUACGGAAUCCUUCACCACCCCCCAAUCCCCCUCUACAUCAACGUACCAAUUCUAUUCCGCCCUCCCUGAACACAAUCUAAAUGAGUACAUCACGAAGAGUAUAUGUCGUGGGAACGGGCCCUGCGCAACAGCGGGGUGGGAUCAGGCCGACUCGAUCGAUCUUGAUUACGAUGCUGUGUCAAAUACCCUAGUGGUCUCCGGGUACUGGAGCCAGCCGGAUAGUGCCAAGGGCUGGACGGAGGAGAUCCGCGCGCCGGGGAAUGACCGUGACAGGGUGGAGGUUGGGUUACUUGGGACGGAGAAGGCGGUCGAGGCAGAGGAAAUCAAGAUGGGUGGGUUGUUGGGGGUUGUCGGGGUUGACGAAGCUUUGAAACCUACGCUGUUUUCCUUCCCCUCUAGGCACCAUGUCCUCCCUCCCCAGGCUACCUAUUCUGUCUCCUUCCCCCAUCCCACAGGCAUGCAUCCCACCAUGACCAUCUCGCUCUCCCCCGCCGCGUUGGAGUAUCCCGCUGCCCCUGAGGAUACCACCUGUGCGCUGCAUGCGUAUCUGACGCUGCCGUCGUAUAUCUUCGGGGACAAAUAUCAGCUGUCCACGACGGAUCCGCUAUUCCUGGACUCGCAUCAUUUGGUGGCCUUGCGGGCCGUCAGCGGGGCCACGGAUCUGGAAGCCCCAGAUUGGUUCGUGUCGCACUGGGGCUCGAACUGGUUGCUCGAGCUGGCCACACCAACUGACUUGCCAGAGGAGUGGAACGUCACGGUUCCCCUGCAUCUGCGGUAUCUCCGGCCGUCGGAGACAGGGUACCGCGCUGCCGGAGUGCCAUGGCCCGUGGUCUUCUGGGCCUGCACAGCAGAAGGGGGCACCAAGAUGGGCGUGAACCCAUUUGACCGUGUCAAUCUAGGCUGGGACGGCCUGUUUGGUCCCCGCACCAUGUUCUACCAGGUGCAUCCCAGCGGAGAGACGGCUCGCCAUGUGGAGGAGCUGGAUGUACCGGUGCUCCGGUUAAACGAAGGGGGGUUCUUCCGCAGCAAGGCGGUAGAACUAGGCACAGUAGCAGCCAUUGUCCUAGGGCUGCUGUGGGUGUUGUGGAAACUGGGGGUGGUGGCACGGUCAGGCGGACAGAAGACUGACAAGGGGAAGAAGUCGCAGUAG